GCAAUCUCUGUGCGAGCGAAGAAACAUCUCCUUCACAAAGGAACGAUGCUUUAAUGGUGACGUCUGUGUUCCUCCGGGUGGCCUUCAGCCUGAUUGGCUGGUUCUUCCUCUACGCGUGGUCCUGCCACCGGUUCAAGGACCGCACCUACGAGUGGAGCUGCCGGUUGGUCACUCUGACGCACGGAGUCCUGGCCACUUGCCUCUCUGGCUACAUUGGCUUCAUCGACGGCCCGUGGCCAAUGUCUUAUCCGGGAUCGCCGAACACCACUCUGCAGAUCCACGCAAUGUGCAUGAGCUUGGGCUACUUCCUGUUCGACCUGGGCUGGUGUGUCUACUUCCAGGCUGAAGGGGCGCUGAUGCUCGCCCAUCACACUGUGAGCAUUGCCGGGAUCACCGUGUCUCUGUUCUCGGGUGAGUCAGGAGCGGAGGUCAACGCCGUCCUCUUUGGCAGCGAGAUCACCAAUCCGCUCUUGCAGGCCCGGUGGUUCCUGCGGGAGAAAGGGCUCUACCACAGCUUCACGGGGGACGUGGUGGACUUCUUCUUCAUAGUGCUCUUUACGGGAGUGCGCAUCGGGGUCGGGGCCUGGCUGAUGUACUGUGUGGUGAUGUCCCCCGUGCCCAAGUGGUUCAUCAAAAUCGGAGGCGUGAUCAUGUACGCCGUCUCCUGGGUCUUCAUGGUUAGCAUCUGCCGGUUUGCCCGGCGAAAAACCAUCAAGAAAUAUCACGCCUGGAGGAGUCGGUUCAGCCGGGAGAUGAACUCGAACGCCAAUGGGCACCUGAAAAGCCAUUGA